GUUUGACGGAGAAGGAGGAGGCAACACGUGCAAGCGUCAAAUGUAAAAGACAGAGGAUGCAACACACUGGAGAGAAACAGAGCAAGACGUCCAUAUGUUAAGAAUGAGUGAAACUCCAAUAGAACUUGAGCCUCAGCUAUCAGUCCAACCAUUGUCACAGCCAGAACCUGAGAGGGGGCUUCAGCCUCCACUUCUGUCUCAGCUGCCAGUCCCCACCCAAGGUCCUUCAGAGGCCCAGCAACAAGCCCAGCCCCAGCCUGAGCUUCAGCAACUAGAGUUAGAGUCUAACACUGAGCAGCAGCUUGGUAACGGAGCAAAUUCACUCUGGAUAAAACGACAAAGGCUGCUCUCUCUCCUCUUUUUGCUGUUCUGCUUGUGUGCUGCCAGUCUGGGACUAAUUUACUACAUGCAUCACCAAAGUGGGAGUUACCACCAGGAAGGUGCCGUGACAUGUCUCUCCUCAGCCUGUCAAAGGGCCUCAGUCCGUCUCUCCAUGUCUGCUGAUCCCUUCACACAGCCCUGUGACUACUUCUUGUUCUCGUGUGGAUCUGACAGACUUUCAGUAGACAAUGGGGGGAGACAAAGAGGGCAUGGUAUCCCUGGACAUCCACAGUACCAGAGGGAAAAUACUAUGUGGUCAAAGAGGAGAAGACAAAGUGAGGAGAGAGAAGACAGAGGACAGAGAGAGGGGAAAAUACUGGACAGAAAAACUGUACUGCUGCAGUAUCUCAGUGAGAUUCUGGAAUCCAAUGACACGACAACUAAUUUGGCAGUGCAGAAGGCCAAAGUAUUCUACCAUUCCUGUUUGGACACCAAAUCCAUAGAGGAUGCUGGAGCAGAGCCCUUCCUCAAACUCAUCCAGAAACUGGGAGGUUGGGCAGUAUCAGGCCAGUUUAAUCAGAACGAUUUCAACGCCACCUUGAGCCUGCUAAUGAGAGACUACGCCACCUUUCCAUUCUUCAACCUCUAUGUUGGCAAAGACCCAAAUGAUGGGACGGCCAAAAGAUACAUACAGAUUGAUCAGCCAGACCUGUUGAUCCCGAUUGAGUGGAACAACAGGACAGAGAAGUCUCGAUCAAACGCUCAGAUGCUAUUUCCAUUCUUGGAAUCAUGCCAGAAGUACGUGGCGCUGCUGGGAGCCCCUCAAAACACCAGAAUGAUCCAUGUGGGGAUGUUCAUCUCUCUGUCGUCUGAGCUUGCUGUGGCCUCUUCACCUCUGCCCUAUCGCCUGUCAAAAGGACAGCUCCAUCAGCGCAUGACCAUCAAAGAGCUACAGAGUCAGUCCCCUGCCAUUGAUUGGUUGCGUUGUCUUCAGGCUGCUUUCCAUCCGCUCCACCUCACUGAAGAUGAUCACGUCCUUCUGCAUAAUUUACCCUACAUUGUGCAAAUGUCCCGUAUCAUCAACAAAUGGCUGAACAGGCCUAAUCUGGGCACCAGUGAUCCCCUUCAUACUUUCAUGGUCCUAAAUCUGCUGCACACCCUGAUACCAGCCAUGGAUUCCAGGUUUUCUGAAAUCAAGGCUAUGGGUAACUCUGAAGAGGAACCUCCUCGUUGGAAACACUGUGUGUUGGAAACUGAGAGAGGAUUUGACACAGUUCUCACACACCUUCUUAGAGACAGGACAGAACACAGAGAGGCAGAGAAGAUUAUUCAGAAUAUUUUUUCCUCCCUCAAACCCACAUUACAUGAACUCAGUUGGGCAGAUCAAAAGUCUAUGAAAAAGGCUGAGUCUCUAAUUCCAAGACUUUGGGCUACGAAAAAGAUCACUGACAAAGCCGAGCUGGAGCUACUUUUUUCUAAGGUGUCAGUCAGCGCACAUACUUUCUUCUCCAACUACGUCCAGCUACUGUCUAUGAGGCAAAAGAGACGGAAUAAACUCUUGACUGAGGAGGAUGAAGCAGUUGACAUUCUGUCUAUCACACCAUUUCGCCGCAGUGAUGAGCUCAUCUUUCCAUUGGGAAUGUUUGCCCCCCCUCUCUUCCAUCCUACCUAUCCCAGAGCCAUGAAUUAUGGUGUAAUAGGUUUCCUCAUUGCCAAAGAUAUCCUCCACCUGCUCCUGCCUGAUGUUUAUGCUCAUAGUGAGUCGGUGCAUGCUGUGGGGGAAUGCGUGUGGGCUCACUACCUCACUGUGACAGAGAAAGCAGGCACAGGUGGAGCGUUUUCUCUCUCAGCAGCGCAGCAGCAGGAGGUGUGGGUGCAGUAUUCAGCACUCAAGAUAGCAUUGCAGGCUUAUCACCAGAGUCUAUUGAACAACCCAAGUGACACGUCCAUCUCAGGAAUCUCACACACUCGUUUGUUUCUCACAUCUUUUUCUCAGGUUAACUGUGACUCUGAUACAUACCAUGAAUUCAUGCCCUUGGAGCCGUCCUUCUUGAUCACAGCCAUUUGUGCCAAAUCUCACCUGUGUCCGACAAGCCUAGAGUGCCCUAAUAAAACCCAGCAGGAUUUAUUACAAAAAUGCUGAAUACGCAACCAGCAGGAUGGUUUUUGUUUCUGAUGUUCUGGUUUGUCUUACAAAAUAUCCUUAGUGCUGUAGAAAUGAAGUAAGUACACUGUGUAUAUUGGCAUGUUAA